CCAACGCGCAAGACACACAAUCUUGAAUCGAGGCGCAGGCAGCGCGACGCAGGCUGUAUGUAGUGCGGCAUGCCACAAAUCCAACAAUAUCACUUCCACAGCUCAAACCUGUGCUUCCUCUCCGGCCAACUCCUUUCAAGACGUCUCGCCCACACGCAAAAAGCUCGCUCUGAGAGGUUUUCCUCGACUGCAAGCAUGAAUAAAGGGCCAGUGUCCGUGUUCAGGCGGCGGCGCGCUCUGGCGAAGGCACUGGCUAUGGUAGCAUCGAUCAUCACCCUCUCUGCCCGCGCAGCACAGCUUCCAUUCUCGGCUCUGCCUUCCCAGACUCGCGCAGACCCGACACUCUUCCAUUCGGGGCACGAGCCUGCAUCUAAGUUGCGCCAUGCUUUGCUCCGCAUUUCAGCAUCAGCUCAUCUAGUGCAUGACCUGGCACGGAUAGCGGAGCAAGAUGCCGGUUUGGACGUCUGGAACUCCUUCAGGAGUCCUUGCGAGUCAGCUCAUUCGCAAGAUGCAAGUGGUGCGCUGCAGGGCUGCAUUGACCUAAGGCUCGUCACGCAUGGUGAAGAAGCUCCAUGCGAGAUGGCAGCCUCGAUGCUCCAGCUACGAGACUCCACCAAGUCAGGGGAAGAACGAAGUAUUCGAUGUCGCAUCCUCAGCAGAGAUCUAGGCGAGCUAUUCUCCGCACAGAUUCCCGCACUCAAGGCAGCUGCGAGCCAGACGCAGUCGGUAGAGUAUCCAGAGGAAUGGCUCGAGGAGUACCACGUAGUCGAGGACAUCGAUGCGCAUUUGGAUCAUCUUGCCGAGAAGUAUCCGAGUCACGUACAUUUACGCCAGCUUGGACAAACUUGGGAAGGCCGAAGGAUACGCAGCGUGACCAUCCACUCGGGCGGGAUAGGAAAUGGCGUCGGGGAGUCCGAAGGCAGACCAGUUCCGCAGUCCACCUUUGGAAAUUCUCUGAGAUGGAACCGCAAAGAAUACGAGCAGGCCGGUAUCAGUGCGGGAAGGAAGCGCAAAGUUGGACAGCAACGACCGCUGGAGCCGCACGCGGUGGUCAAACCACGAGUGGUUGUGGUGGCCGGUGCGCACGCCAGAGAGUGGAUCGCACCUGCAGUGUCUCUGCAGCUGAUGCAUAGUCUGCUCGAGACUCUGUCCAAUGCUCCCGAAAGCGCUUUGGGUUCGGAGCUUACUCCCCGCAGGCGAAGACACCGGUCCUUGCUGGAGACGUUUGAUCUCGUCUUCGUACCUCUACUCAAUCCUGACGGGUAUGCGCACACCUGGAGCGGGAUCGGCGCUGUGAACGAACGAGAUUCGUCAUCUCUCAUUACGAUGCUCGACGCUCGUCUUUGGCGCAAGAAUAGGCAGCGCACCAGGGGUUCUGUCAUUGGGUGUCAAGGCAUCGAUAUCGGCAGAGGAUUUCCUGCGCACUUCGCCUCAUCCUACAAUCCCUGCUCGGAGUCUUACUCCGGGUCGGAGCCGCUUGCUGCCAACGAGACCAUCGCACUCGCCUCUCUAUUGCGCCCGGCCACAGAAUCAGACGAAGGAAAGGUGGUCGCCUUCGUAGACCUGCAUUCCUAUGGCCAACAGCUCACAUACCCUCCUGCUUGGUCGUGCGACGCUCCGAAUCGAGACGAGGAGGAUUUGGAAGAGCUGAGCAUCGGAGCAGCCAGUGCUGCGCGUCGUGUGCAUGGGCGGACGUGGUGGAGCGGCAGAACAUGCGAUACACUGUAUGCAAGCACGGGUCAGGCAGUCGACUUUGCGUACGAUAGCGGUAUCAAGUGGUCCUUCAACCUGGAGCUGCGCGACGAAGGCGAGCACGGAUUCCUGCUGCCUGCCACGCAAAUCUUGCCGUCCGCCCAGGAAGCCGAGGCUGCCCUGGGCUACAUCUUGCACUUUGUCGCAGCGAAACUACGUGGCAAGGCGCCUGGAAGAGGGGGCAAGCACUAA